AUGACGCUGAGGAGCAGCGCGAAUGGCCGAGGAGCGCGAUCGCCCCAGAACAAGUCGCCCAAGUCGAGUGGGAGCCGGUCACCCAAGUCCGGACUUGCGGUGGGCAAGUCGCCGAAAACGGGCCAAGGAGGGGCAGGAACAGGAACAGGGGGAGGAGGGAAAUCGACCAAGACGAGUGUGCAGUCGGAUGUGCAGUCGCCGCUUCAGGCUGGGGCGGGCUCGGGUAGCGUGGUCGUGGGAAGUUUGGCGGAAAAGUUUGCUGCGGCGGCGGCCAAGGACCGGUCCAAGGGCAAGAGCAAGGGAGCCGACGCCGAGGAGGUCCAAUUCGGCUACGACCGAGCGAUCGCGCACGGAGCAGGAAAAGGAAAAAGAGACGGCCGGGACUUGGAUGUUAUUUUUGCUGCACCCAAGGCAAAAGAAAAGACUACGGCGGCUGGGUCGAGUCGGGCAGGGAAGAGCCGGGUGCCCGUUGCGGCGGGGAAACCGACGCGUGUGCCGGUGGUGGCCAAGCGGGCGCUAAUGACACCCCGGAAGGCGGCUGUCGGGGGAGUGCGGGCAAAGCGAAGCGCGUGGAAGGGAUAA